ACGGUCAUACAUAACCAUUUUCACUAUUUGUUUAUAUUACUGUUGCAAUUUUAAAAAUGUGUGCAUAAUGCAAUGUAAACUGCAAACCAAUUCCUCCACGCCUUUAAAGGUUGUACCACAGCCCCCGGAUUGAGCCAGCGCACCGGCAGCAGACCUCAGCCGCAUUCAUCACGUGUGGACAGUCCAAUUCAAAAUUGAUUUGUACGGGAAGAAGCGCCGCUUUAGCAAAUAGGAGCGGAUAAACGAUCUGGAAGAGCGAUCAUGGCCGGCAGAGAGGCCCAGAUGCAGUCCUUUCACACGCGCUGCGGCCACUCCAUCCGGCUUUACAAUGGCAACCGUUCGGCGCAGCGUUCUAUGCGGGACUUCAGUCAUGCUUUGGUAUUCAGCGCUGAGCCGCUCGAGGACGAUGUGCUAUUCGAGGUAGUCAUUGAGAAGAAGAACACGUCAUGGGGCGGCAGCAUCGAGAUCGGAGUUACCGCCGAGUCGCCGGAUGAUCUGGAAUUGGUUGCCUGUGCCACCGCCAUGCGAAAUGGCACUUGGGUCAUGUCCGGCAUCGAUGUCCGCAAGGACGGGCGCCGCCUAUUCGAGUUCUACGGCACCGAUCUGGAAACACUGAAUGAGAACGAUCGCGUUGGCGUCAUGCGCACCUCCAGCAACGACUUGGUGUUCUAUGUAAACGGCGAAUCGCAAGGCGUGGCGGCUAAGAACAUGCCCAAACCCCUGUGGGCUCUCGUCGAUCUGUAUGGGCGUUGUGUGCAGGUUUCGCUCUGUCCCCGGGAUGCCAGCGGCUCCGGAGAGCUGCUGGACUCACCCCUGCAGCAGCCUCUACAACAGGUUGUUCAGAACCUGGACGUUGCCAUGAACGUGAACAUUGUUGUGGACUCCGACGGAUGGAUGCACGGCACCGGUGGCGGUUCUGAGGAUCGCCUGUGCUUUCACACCCGCUGUGGAUCUCUGGUCAAGCUCUCUCCGAACUUUCGAUCCGCCGAACGCCGUCGGCCGCUGGACGAGUUCAACAAUGGCGUGGUAAUGACCCACCGGCCGCUGCGAGACAAUGAACUGUUCGAGAUACGGAUCGACAAGCUGGUGGACAAAUGGUCGGGAUCCAUUGAAGUGGGCGUCACAACGCACAAUCCGACGGUGCUGCACUUCCCUGCCACCAUGACAAAUAUGCGUUCGGGCACUAUAAUGAUGUCAGGCUGUGGAAUCCUGACCAACGGCAAGGGUACUCGCCGCCAAUAUGGUGAGUUCAAUCUGGACGAAUUACGAGAAGGAGAUCGCGUUGGAAUGAUGCGCAAGGCCAAUGGCAACCUGCACAACUACAUUAACGGCCAGGAUCAGGGUGUGGCCGCCACCCGGGUAGCCUCCACCUUGUGGGGCGUCAUUGAUUUGUAUGGUAUGACGAUUAAAGUGACCAUAGUUGACCGCGACGAGCGUGAACAGCAGAACCUGGUGACCAGGCGGAACAAUAUUGUUGCGGGCAUGACGAGUGCUGCCUGCUCGAGUGGCUCCGGAGUCCAGCAUUCGCAGCAGCAACAGCAGCUCUCAGGCACACCGACCCUCAGUCUUUUGAGUCCAGAGAGCGAGAUGAACGUGGCUGGUGCAGCUGGCGGCCUGAGCGAGACUAUUUCCAGCACCAGGGCCAUAGCCAGAAACGAUGAUCGUCUAACCUUCCAUCACAUUUGUGGCACUCAUGCCACCGUCACCCAAAGCGGACGUACGGCUCUGCGCCCCAACGCUGCCGACGACUUUAACAAUGGCGUUGUGCUAACGCGUCGGCCCCUUCGUCCCAACGAACUUUUCCAGGUGCGGCUCGAACGUGUUGUUACCAAGUGGGCGGGCUCCGUGGAAAUGGGCGUGACGACGCACAGCGCCGACGAACUGGACUUUCCGUUCACCAUGACUAAUGUGCGUUCGGGCACCUGGAUGAUGACAGGCAACGGGGUCAUGCAGAACGGCGUCACCGUAAUCGAACAGUAUGGCCAGAAUUUGGAUCGCCUGCAGGUGGGCGAUCGUGUGGGCGUGGUGCGCAAGGAUGACGGCACUGUGCACUUUUGGGUGAAUGGUGUGGACCAGGGUCCGGCUGCCAGCAAUGUGCCGGAGCGCGUCUACGGAGUUAUCGAUUUGUACGGGCAAGCGGCGCAGGCGAGUAUCGUUGACACAUCAGAGUGCGGGAGUCCGGACACCGGAAACUCCACCAUCUCGAACACAACCUUGUACAGCGAGAUCCCCUUGCGCUUCCAUAGCAUCCAUGGCGCCAAUGCCGGGAUCUCGAACAGUGGAUUGACCGCCUCGCGUCCCAAUUCGCUAGCAGAGUUCAAUGACGCCAUCGUGUUCAGCAAUCGUCCGCUAAGGCAACGCGAACUCUUCGAAGUGGAGCUGGAAACGAUGGUCCGCCACUGGUCGGGCAACAUUGAGAUCGGUGUGACGGGCACCCGGCCGGAGGACAUCCAGCUAGCUCCAAACGCCACCGAUCUGGAGGCCAAUGAUACCAUCAUUCUAUGCGGGCCGAUGAUCUUUCAUAACCGCAAGACCAUACGCACUAAUAUCCUACUGGAUCUAGACACUUUGGGUCCCAGCACCAGGGUGGGCGUAAUGCGCAAUGGAGACUUCAUCCACUUCUUUGUGGAUGGAAUGGACCAGGGACCGGCUUGCGAAUGCCAUGCACCCAAUAUUUGGGCUAUCAUCGAUUUGUACGGGCAAUGUGCCCAGGUGAGUCUCACGCAGACACAGUUGGAUAUCCGGGCACCGUAUGCGACCAGCGAGAACUCGCAGAGCUGUCAGGCCACCUCUGUUAUCCAGCAUCCGGCUAUGGAGACAAAGCACCGCUGGACGUGCGUCUCGGGAAAUGUUAGCCUCACCAGAUGGACGGAAGCGUCACGGUUUACGGGAGCAGCGGCACCGCUCUCCCACUGUUUGGUAUUUUCCGAACACCCACUCAGUGUGGGUUCUCCCUUUGAGAUUAAGCUGACAUCGAUUAAUCCCAUGUUUGCAGGUUGCCUCAGUAUCGGCGUAACGGAUCUUAACUUAAGCGACGAGAGCGUGCGGAAGAAGCUCCCCACCAGCCUGCGACGGAUUCCGGCCAACGUUUGGUAUGUGAGCGGGAACGAGGUACGCUUCAAUUCGAGCUGCCUCCAGCGCUCAUUGGCCUCGCUGGAGUGGUUAAGGGUGGACGAUCGCAUCACAUUGGAGCGCGUAGAGAAUUCACUAAACAUGCUACUGAAUUCGGAGAACGUCAACAUUCAGUUUCACAAUGUGCCCAACGAUGUCUACGUGGUGGCGGAGCUGCGAGGGUCAACAAUGGGUAUUCAGGUGAUAUCGGCUCAAGGUCCAGCAUCGCCUCUACGACCCUGCAGUCUACGGCUGCAGGACUCGAUGGAUUUCGGCAUGGAUCCACUGAACAAGCAGGAUAGCUCAAUGCUAGAGUCCAUCGAUUCCGAAGCGCAAAACUACGAGUUUGUGGACGUAGCACAGAAGAAUGCGCGACUGAGCGACGAUCGCAGAAGUGUAGCCAGAAUCAAGUCGUAUAAUCAGGCCAUCGUUUGCCUAAAUAAGCCGCUGUGCAAGGGCGAGAGCAUCAGCAUCAAGGUUGACGGUCUGAACAACAAGUGGAAGGGUACCCUCGGCCUGGGUGUCCUGUCCGCCACUCCGCAAUCUGUGCCCGUUUCACUGCUGGACUUCAAGCGAGGCUGCUGGCUAGCCACCCACGACUAUGUGAACGUCAACGGCCAGGUGAUGGCAUCCAAAUACGGUGACGCUUUGGACCAGAUUCAGAUUGGAACUGUCAUCACUUUGACCCUCACACAUGCCGGAAUGCUAAUUGUCAUGGUUGGCUCAACCAAUCUUGAGGAUAUGGCCAGCGGCCUACCCAACCACGUAUAUCCCGUGUUCGAUGUGUACGGCAAAUGCGAGAAAAUAACCUUGAUAACAGGCAGUGAUGCUGGACGCACUGGUAAUGCCAAUGGCACGCCCAUCCUGGAGGCUCCCGAGGCCUUGGAGCUGGACAAUGGAAUGCCGCAGCAGUGCGAAAAAGCGCAUCUUGAGAUGCACGAGAAGGAGAAGGACACGGAGCAAAUGUGCGAAAUUUCAGCCAGGGAUGGUCCAUCCACAUCUGGUGCUCAAUCGAAUUCCAUGACUCGUUCGGUUAUGGAAAGUGUUUCCGAGAACUUGCUGCUUAAUAUUUCCAUUAAGAAUCGAACUCUAGAGCAGCAGCGCAAUGACCUUGGCGGAUCCUCAUCGACCUGUUGUCUUCGUGAGUCCCUCCAGCUGCAGCACAAUACGAAUUUAAACAUACAACGCAGCCAAAGCACACAGAGAUUCCAGAACUCAUUAAACACUUCGGCAACUGCAGCUGGGAGUACCACGAAUGUCAACGUUCAGCAUCUGAGCAAUUCCGCAGUAUAUGACACGAAUAAGGAGUACGAUGAGCUGCCCAAUCCCCCAAUUACUUCGACAAACUCUGCAGAUGAAGCUCCAGGAGCCACAGCCGUCAUAGGUAGCACAACGAACGAUCACAGCGAGAACAAUGCGGCGGCAGCGUUGGAGCUGAGCACCAGCAACGAACGCGAAGCGUCUGGAGAGUCAGCAACUAACGACAACGUCCUGGAGGACGAUGAGAUCGACUAUAUGAACCACCUGCUGUUGCUGCAACAACUGCAACAGAACGAGUAUACUCGCCACCACCUUAUGCCCGACCAGGCGUCGUUACUAAAUCUCGACCUGCAAUCGCUCAACUCUCUGGAAUCGGACACGAACUCGGCUGGCCAGGCGCCGGGUGGAGGAACCGACUCGCUACGCUCAGCAGAGCAGAACGACUGCGAAUACCUCCGGCAGGUGAGACGCUUCUGUGCCUCGCUGGUUCUGCCGCAGGCAUUCUUCGACAGUCGACUGGAGCCGGUGUGCUUCUGCCUGAAGUGCAGCGGGCCCAGCAAUGCCGGCAAUGGGGACAAACUGGAGGGCUGGGUUUACUUUAAGCUCAAUCAGCAGACAGUCAAUGUGCUGAGCACCUCGGCAACGACUGCAUCGGCGAGCAGCGGUGUUUCCUCGUCGACAGUUCCGCAAGUGCACUUCGAUCUGAAUGGCGACUGGCUGCCCUUUUACUACAUGACACGGGUGGACAAAAUAAGGGCCAUAUUGGAUCGCGGCCAGCCGCUCCCGCUGGAAACGGACCCGGAUGAAGAACCGGCCGCUGCUGCGCUAAAAGACGAGCCGGGCACCCGUCUAGAGCUCUACUACUCACCUAAUGCCACCGUCAUUGAACCCGUACUGCCUCAACAUCAUUUUGCCUCCGAGCAGGGCCUGCAUCGCAUCUCCACCUCCUUCGAGGUCUACGUUCGACGCCAGUCCAUUUCAGGCGUAACUACGGGCAAAGCAGCAGCCGAAGCCAAGCGGCGCAGUCUAGGAUCCGGCGAUCAUGACCAUUGUAAUACCGGCCAGGGGGCCGAGGGUGUGGGAGCCACAUCAUCGGCUUCCCUUAACGAGUCGUCCGUACAUCUCUUGAACGAUCUCUGUUGGUUCACCAAAGAGGCUGGCGCCUGCAUAAUCAACGCUUUGAUAAUUAAACUGGACAGGAUGGAGGAUCAGGAAUCUCAUUGAGCACACGACAACACAUCCUAUCUACACUAGUCACGGUCUAUAAUCCAAUAAUCCCCACAUUAUAUUCACGCUUAGCAGCUAGCCACACCAAAAUGCUUUCGCAUUCCCCUUUGUAAACGGAUUUUUAUUGUAUUGCAAAGAUAAAAGAAGAAAUUUAAAAAAUGAAUUGAGCAAAAAA